GGGAGAGUAGAAAUCUUUCAUGAAAGGACCUGGGGAACAGUCUGCGGUGAAGGAUGGGACCUGAACGAUACCAUGGUGGUGUGCAGACAGUUGGGCUGUGGCACAGCACUGAGCGCCCCUCUGUCGGCCCACUUUGGUGCAGGAAGCGGACCGAUCUGGCUUGAUGACGUUGCCUGUUCAGGAAGAGAGAGUUCUUUAACGAACUGUGGACAAGGUGGAUUCGGCCAACAUGACUGUGAUCACGGUGACGAUGCUGGUGUGAUCUGUUCAGGCGAUGACAUCAGGUUAGCUGGGUCAGGGUCUACUCGAUGCUCUGGAAGGGUUGAAAUCUACCAUGACCAGACCUGGGGAACAGUCUGUGAUGACAGCUGGGACCUGAAUGAUGCAAACUUGGUGUGCAGACAGUUGGGCUGCGGCACAGCACUGAGUGCCCCUCGGUGGGCCCACUUUGGUGCAGGAAGCGGACCGAUCUGGCUCGAUGACGUUGCCUGUUCAAGAGAAGAGAGUUCCUUUUCUGACUGUGGACACGGUGGAUUCGGCCAACAUGACUGUGGUCACAGUGAAGACGCCGGUGUGGUCUGUUCAGAACCAAAGAUGGAGGAUGGUUUGUAG